AUGGGGAACGAGCACAGCGUGAUCAAGAACAUCGACAAGAGGACAGCUCGCCGAGAACAUGCUGCUUUCUUCAAGCUGGCCAUUGAGAGAUUCCGACAAGAGGGAGAGACGAGUUCUGGAGGUGUGAGAGAAGAAGGGGCGCCUACAAAGAGAAGCAUACACGUCUGCGUAAGGAAACGACCUAUCUUUCCGCACGAGAUCAAUGCAGGGGAGUACGACGUGAUAACAUGCAGGAAGGCCGGCGUCUUUGUGCAUGAUGCGAGGAUACACUCAGACAUGAGGCAUCUCUUCAUCAACCACCACUCCUUCGACUUCGAUGCAGUCUUCGACGAGAGCGCGGAGAACAGUCAGGUGUACCAGGGGGCAGCCGCCGAGGCCAUCGCCAACACAGUCCACAAGUCUAUCACAACAACCAUCUUGAUGUACGGGCAGACAGGCUCAGGGAAGACCUACACCAUGACGUCGAUAUAUGAGAUGGCGGGAAGGGACCUGUUUGACCACAUGGAGAGCUCGGGGAAGAAGUUCGACGUCUCCGUCUCCUUCGUCGAGCUGGAAGGCGACAUCUGUCGCGACAUGUUGAACCGAGGGGCUCAAACUCAGUUGCUGACCGGAAAGGAUGGAGCCGUCCAUCCUUAUCCACUAACGGAAGUUGACGUCAAGAGCGCAGAUGAACUUGUUUCGUACAUUCGAUUCGCGUGCUCGUUGAGGGCAACCGAAGCCACAGGGGUGCACGACAAGUCUUCUCGCUCGCACGCUUGCGUGAGGAUCUUCAUCCGGAAGGUGGACGAGGAGGUUGAGGGAGUCCUGCAGCUCGUGGACCUGGCAGGCAGCGAGCAUCGUAUCGAUUCCUCAGAGCAUGACGCGGCUAGGAGGAAGGAGUGUGCGCAGAUUAACAGCAGCCUCUCAGCGUUGAAGGAAUGUAUCAGAGCACAUGCCAAGGGCUCGUCCUUCAUUCCUUUCAGGAAAAGCAAACUGACUCACUUGCUCAAGACUUGCUUCAUGGACGGCAACGCAACUAUCAUCAUCGCUACUGUCUCUCCCUCAAGCAAGGAUACCGAGCACUCGCUCAAUACGAUUCGACACGCAUGCAUCAUGGACGGGCAAGGAACUGGGGAGGAUGCGAGUUCGACGUCCUCCCACGUGACCGGAGGGUCUCUUGUGCGGGAGGACAUCGCAGAGUUGAACAUCACCUUGCUCGCCCGGCAAAAGAGAGCAGAAAGACUUGCAUCGAAGUCUCAACCGACAAACUCAACAGCCACCAACAAGAAAUCCAGCGGGACCGGGCACAAUGACAAGGCUGGUCAUUCCGAUGUUACCAAGAGGUUGUUGUUAGUGGACGUCAUCGCGGAUUCAGAGAGGAGGGCACUAAAGACCCUAGACAAGAACCUGAUCCGGAUGAUGGAGGAAGCAAGGGGGGUGCUGGGUAGCAACGCCAACCAGCUCAGGAGGCUGCAGUCCUACAGGACACAGCCGGAACCAGCAGAUCUGGAGGGGCCCCAGGACGUCCCCAGCAGUUGGAUGGAUCAGCUUGAUGGGGAGGGAGUGAGAGCUCCGAGCUGGCCUGACAAGCCCGAGGGCCUCGAGCCACGUCGAAUUGUUGGGCACCAAGAAUGGCCAGAGAGUGGAGUUGGGGAGGGGCAGCGGGGAGGAGGGGGAGGAGGGAGGGAGGAAGAGUCUGCAGUUGGAGUGAAGGUGCAGGAAGAGGCGACAAGUCGAUCCCGUGCUGAUGACAAGGGGGAGAUCGAGCGAAGGAUGGAGGAGCUAGAGGACGAGCUGCGUGCUCCCGGUAUCAGCCAGGCGAAGGCCUUUGCAGUGAAGAAGAAGAUCGCGAUGCUGCGGGCAGAGCAGUUGCGCAGCCAGCGUGCUAAGAAGGCGAAGGAUGUAGGAGGCGAGAGCUCCGCUCAGGCGCCGACAGAGGAGGACAAGAGCACGUCCAGGUGCUCUCCUGCCCUCCUGCCGUGCGAGGACAGGAGGCAGCGGUGCUGCGAGGGCAAAAACAUCUCGCCAGAGGUUCUGUACAUGCUGGACGAAGACGCGGAAGGAUUUAAGAUGGUCAUGCGUGACCGAAGGAGGAGAGCGAUCCUGCAGGAAGAGCUGCAUGGGAAUGAGAGGCCUCGCUGA